AUGGCUGUCUCGAGAGCCAUGCGUCAGAUCAUUCUGAUGGGCAUCAUCUGCUUUGGUACCAUCGGCAUGUUUAAUGCUAUGUCCUCCAUUGGAAAUGCUGGGAAGCACUCGCCCACUGCUCAAAAUCUUGCCAUCACCUCAUCCUCCAUCGCUUAUAUCGUCGGAUUUCUAUUGGCUGGAGGCACUCAUAAUAUGAUCGGACCUAGGCUAUGUGUUGUCUUUGGUGGCCUCAGUUUUGUGCUCUAUGCAGGAUCUAUGUUACUUGCAAAGGACGACGAUCGCUCGAUAUACCCACCAUUAGCAGGAAUUUUACUUGGGCUCGGUGCUGGUCUAAUCUGGGUCACACACGGCGCAAUGAUGAUGUCUUACCCGACUGAGGAUAAUAAGGGUAAAUAUAUUGCGGUCUUCUGGGCUAUCUUCAAUCUUGGUGCCGUCAUUGGAUCUAUCUUGCCACUCGUAAUGAAUAGUGCUCCUGGCAUGGACCCCGACGACGUCUCACCAACAACAUACAUCGUUUACAUGGUCGUCAUGGGCCUUGCUACACUGCUAGCCUUCUUCUUGGCCCGACCAUCGACGAUCGUGCGGGAUAAUGGUGAAGCUGUGAGCGUCGCAAAGUUCUCAGGUCUCCGUGCGGAAUGUGUUGCUAUCCUUGCAGUCUUUUGCGAUUGGCGCAUGUUGCUCUUGAUCCCAGCAUUCUUCUUCUCCAACUUUUCAUACACAUAUCAAUUCAAUGACUUCAAUGGCUUCAACUUCAAUAUCAGGACACGAUCGCUCAACUCGAUGUUGUUUUGGAUUGCCCAGAUCAUUGGUGCCGUCGUACUGGGGUAUCUACUUGAUCGGAUACCUGUCAAGCGCUCUAGAAGGGCUGUUCUAGGAUUAAUCUUGGUAGGGGUGCUAUUUAUGGCAACCUGGGUUGCAGCCUUGAUGGUCCAACUUCGCCACAACUGGGAACGGAAGCAAUUGCAGAGCAAUGACUUAAUAGAUUAUGAACACGGAAGUACGUAUACAGGACUUCUAGCUAUCUACGCUAUGUUCGGCUUCUGUGACGCAGCAUUUGCUGUGUACUGCUAUUGGCUCAUGGGCGCUCUCUCCAACAAGCACGACGAAUUAUCUCGAUAUGCCGGAUUCUUCAAGUCAAUCCAAUCUCUUGGCGGUGCAGUGGCAGCCCCUCUAGAUUUGGCUCAAACACCUCUUAAAGAAUAUCUAAUUACCAACUGGAUCUUGUGUGCACUCUCCAUUGCUGCCAUGUUCCUCGUUUGCAGGACAGUCACCGACACAACGAUUGACGAUUAUGACGAGCAAGGAGAUCAGAGCUGUGUCUGCACCAACGCUUAUGAUUUCAGACGACUCUACGCCCCCAAUGCCUCUUUAUUCUCCAUAUCUUCAUAUGCAGCCGCCCGCCGAGUCUCCAACGCCUGCGGUAUCAAAUGA